AUGGCUCUCGCUCUCCAUAAACUGUACAUGAAUCAGAAAAUGGCAAGUCACCCAGACAGAAAAACAAGACUACAGGCUCAAUUCAAGCCGUGGCAGUUAAAUGGCAUGAUAGAAAACAGGGAUUUUGAGAUGACCUUUGGGGACAAAGUCCACUUUACAAUAAAAGGAGACCCAUCAACCCAUUAUGAAAUUGUGAAAUGUUUUUUCUCUGAAGAAGAUAGUGUCCAAACCAUGAAGGUUGGAAGCUUUGACACAUCCAAACCUGCAGGAAGUCAGUUGUACAUCAAUAGAAGUGCUGAUCUCUGGGGCCCUUACUUUACAGAGCAGCCCCAGUCCCAAUGCAAUAAGCCCUGUGGGCCAGGAAACAGGAAAUCUAAACUAGAUGGGAAACCACCUUGCUGUUAUAACUGUGUGCCAUGUACAGAAGGGGAAAUCUCUAACACAACAGAUGUACAGAGCUGUAUAAGAUGCACAGAAUAUGAAAAGUCUAACAAAGAGAAGAACAGCUGCAUCCCAAAGAACAUAGACUUCCUUUCCUACAAAGACACAUUGGGUGUUACUUUAACCUCCAUCACAGUAAUAUGUUCUAUUAUUUGUGCUGUAAUCCUGGGAAUCUUUAUAAAGUACCGCGAGACUCCUAUAGUGAGAGCCAACAACCGAUAUCUCAGCUGUCUCCUCCUCAUCUCUCUCAUGUUGUGUUUCCUCUGCACUUUAUUAUUCAUUGGGCGCCCAACUCAGAUAUGUUGUCUCCUCCGACAAGUAACAUUUGGGGUUGUAUUUACUAUUUCUGUUUCUUCUGUGUUGGCUAAAACUCUCACAGUUAUUAUUGCCUUCAAUGCCACAAAGCCUGGGAGCAAGCUGAAGAAGUAUGUAGGAACCAAACUGUCCAUCAUAUUAGUCAUUGUUUGUUCUUUGGGUGAAAGUAUAAUUUCCAUUGUAUGGUUGGCCUCCAAUCCUCCAUUCUCAGAAACUGAUUUUUUUUCAGAUCCAUAUAACAUUAUUCUACAGUGUAAUGAAGGAUCGGGAUCUUCCUUCUUCUGUAUAAUUGGAUAUAUAGGAACGUUGGCCCUACUAAGUUUCAUUGCUGCAUUUCUAGCCAAGGAUUUCCCUGACCGAUUUAAUGAGGCUAAAAACAUCACUUUCAGUAUGUUGGGGUUCUGUAGCGUGUGGGGGGCAUUUGUCCCUGCAUACCUGAGCAGUAAGGGCAGCAGAAUGGUGGCAGUUGAGAUAUUUGCCAUCUUAUCCUCCAGUGCUGGGUUAUUGGGCUGUAUAUUCAUUCCCAAGUGCUAUAUCAUAUUUCUAAGGCCUGAACUGAACACAAAAGAUAAUCUUGUUAGAAAACAAUACAAGUAG